AUGAGUUUGAAUUUCGGACAAAAAAAUCUUACAAUUAAGCCUGUGGUUCCAAAAUACAAAAUAGAAACCAUCAAAGUUCCAAAGCAGUCUCCAAGGCCGAUCCUACCCACCAGGACAUCGAGUAACAACCUCCGAACUGGAGCGCCUGCGACGAAGGUCGCGGACGCUCGUGGCAGACUGGCUAUCUCCACUUCUAACUCUGGCGCGGGAAAGAAAAGAAAAGAGAGAGAAAUCAGCGGAAGUCGUGGUGUAGGAAAAAACUCAAAUCUGAAAGCUCGAAGAAGUCCAAGCCAGCGACCAUUGCAGACUGAUAGCGAGGAAGAUGAAGAGACUCGCAUACCAGCCAAACGGGCCAAAUCUGAAAAUGUGGAACUUGAUUUGGGGAGAAGUCUGAAAGACCAAAAGGCUUUUUCGUCUGACGCUGCUGACAACCAAGGCUCUAAAUGUAAAAUGAUCCAUGCGGCCGAUGUCAUGAUGACGAAGCACAGGGCUAAGAGAGGCGAGAAGGUUUGCGAUAGAAAGAAGGAAGAGGGUGAAGCCGUUUAUUUACGAUACCCUAGCGUUCGUCGUAUGGAAAGAUACCAACUCAUUUCUGAAGGCGAAGUCAUUGAUCCUGGAGAGGAAGAAUUAAUUAAUCCUUACGACGAAAUACCAAAGAUUGCAGAAAUUGUUAAAGACGAAUAUCUGACUGAAGAGCAAGCAGCAGAGUUCCAGCAUCCAGAAACGGGCAUCAUCCGCAAGAUUAACAAAGCGACGAACAAUAUUACUUGGACUCUGGCCAACAAACAUAAAAAGCCUUACGACAAAGCGAAGCUGAAGGAGCUAUUAGUCGAGUUUCGGAAUGCUGUGGAAGUUUACAACGACGCGCUCGGUACUCUCACCAAGAAUGGAUCCCUGGCACACAAUCUGGAUAAUAAGCAUUCACUAUCGUCUAAGCUUCUCAAAAUGGUUCUUCAGCAAGUCUACGACCGAGCAGUAUCUCCCCAAGUUGAAUUGACUAGAGAAUACCAAAACGGCACAGAUUACGUCUACGGCGAGCUUACAUUCCCAUUCAUAUCCCGGAUUCUCAAGGAAGAUACUCACAUGAAAUCUGAUCAAGUUUUCAUAGAUCUUGGUUCGGGGGUAGGGAAUGUCGUCAUUCACGCCGCCUUACAAGUUGGUUGCGAAAGCUGGGGCUGCGAAAUAAUGGAAAAUUGCUGUCUUCAACCCUGA